AUGGCAGAGGAACAACAACAGCCGCCACCACAGCAGCCUGAUGCCCAUCAGCAGCUUUCCCCCAGCGCCCCUAACUCGGGGGUGGCUCUGCCAGCCCUUGUGCCAGGGCUGCCAGGGACAGAGGCCAGCGCGCUGCAACACAAGAUCAAGAACUCCAUCUGCAAAACUGUACAAUCUAAAGUGGACUGCAUUUUGCAAGAAGUUGAGAAGUUUACAGAUCUAGAGAAACUCUACCUCUACCUUCAGCUGCCUUCUGGUCUCAGCAAUGGAGAGAAAAGUGAUCAGAAUGCCAUGUCAUCUAGUCGAGCACAGCAAAUGCAUGCUUUUUCCUGGAUUCGAAAUACCUUAGAGGAACAUCCUGAGACUUCACUACCCAAACAGGAAGUCUAUGAUGAGUACAAGAGCUAUUGUGACAAUCUUGGUUACCAUCCGUUAAGUGCUGCUGACUUUGGAAAGAUAAUGAAAAAUGUCUUUCCAAAUAUGAAGGCACGUCGCCUGGGCACAAGAGGCAAAUCUAAAUAUUGCUACAGUGGAUUAAGGAAAAAAGCUCUUGUUCAUAUGCCAACACUGCCCAACCUUGACUUUCACAAAACUGGAGAUGGGUUGGAAGGAGCUGAACCUUCUGGGCAGCUUCAAAAUAUUGAUGAAGAAGUUAUCUCUUCUGCUUGCCGUCUUGUGUGUGAAUGGGCCCAGAAAGUGUUAAGCCAACCAUUUGACACAGUUUUGGAAUUAGCCAGAUUCCUUGUAAAAAGUCACUAUAUAGGUACCAAGUCAAUGGCAGCUCUAACUGUAAUGGCAGCAGCACCAGCAGGAAUUAAAGGUCUUACCCAGCCUUCUGCAUUUAUACCUACAGCUGAAAGUAAUACCUUUCAGCCUCAGAUGAAGACUUUGCCAUCUCCUAUUGAUGCUAAACAGCAGUUGCAACGGAAAAUCCAAAAAAAGCAGCAAGAACAGAAACUACAGUCUCCUUUGCCAGGAGAAUCCUCAGCAAAAAAAUCAGAAGGCGCUACAACUAACGGAGUCACUAAUCUUUCCAAUGGAAAUCCUGCAAUUCUUUCUCCUCAGCCAAUUGGUAUCGUUGUGGCAGCUGUCCCCAGUCCCAUACCGGUCCAGCGGACCAGGCAGUUGGUAACUUCUCCAGGUCCAGUGAGUUCUUCUGAUGGCAAAGUUCUUCCCCUCAACGUACAGGUGGUCACUCAGCACAUGCAGUCUGUGAAACAGGCACCAAAGACUCCUCAGAAUGUCCCAGCAAGUCCUGGGGGGGAUCGUUCAGCUCGACACCGUUACCCUCAGAUCUUACCCAAACCAGCCAACACCAGUGCACUCACCAUCCGCUCUCCAACUACUGUCCUCUUUACUAGCAGUCCCAUUAAAACUGCUGUUGUGCCUGCUUCACACAUGAGUUCUUUGAAUGUGGUGAAAAUGACAGCAAUAUCUCUCACACCCAGCAACAGUAGUGCUCCUCUUAAACAUUCUGCCUCAGUAAACAGUGCUACAGGAACUACAGAAGAAUCAAGGCCUGUUCCACAGAUCAAGAAUGGUUCUGUGGUUUCACUUCAGUCUCCUGGGUCAAGGACCAGCAGUGCUGGGGGAUCUUCUGCUGUGGAAGUUAAAAUGGAACCUGAAAUAUCAUCAGAUGAACAUCCUGCCCAGUGCCAAGACAACUCUGAUGGGACUAAAGCUCCUAAAACACCACCUAGUGCUCUUUUGGGGCAGAAAAGUAAUACUGAUGGCGUAGUACAAAAACCUUCACAUGAAGGGAUCAUUGAAAUAAAAGCAACUAAAGCCUGUGACCAGAGGACCAAAUGUAAAAGUCGCUGUAAUGAAAAUCUGCCAGCCACUUCACCCGGCAAUAAUCAAAGCACUGUCACUCUCUCAGUUGCCGCUCAGAACUUAACUUUCACCAGCACCAGCUCACCAUCUAAUGGUGAUUCAAUAAAUAAAGAUCCUAAAUUAUGCACUAAAAGUCCAAGAAAGCGACUCUCUUCUACAUUACAAGAGUCGCAGGUGCCUCCUGUAAAGAAACCAAUUGUGGAACAGCUUUCUGCAGUAAACAUAGAAGGUCAGAAACCAGGCAGUGUUAAGAAGGACCAAAAGGUUCCACAUUCAGGGAAAACUGAAAGCUCUACAGCAGGUGCUCAGAUUCCUAGCAAAGGAUCAAUCAAUUCACACGUAGUGGCAAGUCAACCCUUGAAUUCUUCUGCUCUUGCUUCCAGUGACUCAGCUUUGGAACCUCCAACAACACCAUCAUCAUCUCCGGAUAUAAAAGUAAAACUUGAAGGGAGUGUCUUUCUCUUGGACAGUGAUUCAAAAUCAAAUGGCAGCUUUAAUCCCAAUGAAUGGCAACAGGUCACUAAGGAUUCUGAGUUUAUAUCUGCCAACUGUGAACAACAGCAAGAUAUCAGUGUUAUGACAAUUCCUGAGCACUCUGAUAUCAAUGAUUUAGAGAAAUCUGUUUGGGAAUUAGAAGGAAUGCCACCGGACACAUAUAGCCAGCAGCUACAUAGCCAGAUCCAAGAAUCAUCUUUGAAUCAAAUGCAAGCACAGACUUCAGAUCAGUUACCUCUGCAGUCCGAACUGAAGGAGUUUGAGUCUUCUGUUUCUCAGACAAACGAAAGCUACUUUCCUUUUGAUGAUGAACUUACACAGGAUAGUAUUGUUGAAGAGCUCGUGCUUAUGGAGCAGCAGAUGUCAAUGAACAAUUCUCAUUCUUAUGGUAACUGUUUAGGAAUGACCCUUCAGAGUCAGUCGGUAACUCCAGGAGCUCCAAUGUCAUCUCAUGCCUCCAGCACUCACUUCUAUCAUCCAAUCCAUAGUAAUGGCACUCCAGUCCACACCCCCACACCCACCCCUACUCCUACCCCAACCCCUACUCCUACCCCCACCCCAACAUCGGAAAUGAUUGCUGGGUCUCAGGGUCUAUCACGGGAGAGCCCAUGCUCCAGGCUAGCCCAGACUACACCUGUGGACAGUGCUUUAGGAAGUAGCCGACAUACACCUAUUGGUACUCCACAUUCUAACUGCAGCAGUAGUGUCCCUCCCAGCCCUGUUGAAUGCAGGAAUCCAUUUGCAUUUACUCCAAUAAGCUCUAGUAUGGCCUAUCAUGAUGCCAGCAUUGUCUCAAGCAGUCCUGUGAAACCAAUGCAAAGACCCAUGGCUACCCACCCCGACAAAACCAAGCUUGAAUGGAUGAAUAAUGGGUAUGGUGGGGUUAGUAAUUCAUCAGUUUCCAGUCAUGGCAUUCUCCCAAGCUAUCAGGAACUGGUGGAAGACCGGUUCAGGAAACCUCACGCUUUUGCUGUGCCUGGACAGUCUUACCAGUCUCAAUCCAGAUAUCAUGACAGUCAUUUUGGUCGUUUGACUCCUGUCUCUCCUGUGCAGCAUCAGGGUGCCACUGUAAAUAACACCAACAAACAGGAGGGUUUUGCAGUCCCUGCCCCUCUUGAUAAUAAAGGAACUAAUUUGUCUACCAGCAGCAACUUCAGAUGCCGGAGUGUAAGCCCUGCUGUUCAUCGCCAACGAAAUCUUAGUGGAAGCACUCUCUAUCCAGUAUCUAAUAUUCCACGAUCUAAUGUGGCCCCCUUUGGAAGUCCAGUAACCCCAGAAGUUCAUGUUUUCACUAAUUCUCACACAGACACAUGUGCCAAUAACAUCGCUCAAAGAAGUCAGUCUGUUCCUUUGACAGUCAUGAUGCAAACAGCCUUCCCAAAUGCGCUUCAGAAGCAAACAAACAGUAAAAAGAUAACCAAUGUUUUGUUGAGUAAACUUGAUUCUGACAACGAUGAUGCAGUGAGGGGUUUGGGGAUGAACAACUUGCCCUCCAACUACACAGCCCGGAUGAAUCUCACUCAGAUUUUAGAAACUUCCACUGGUUUCCCUAGUGCCAACCCGCAGAAUAUGAUUGAUUCCAGCACUUCUGUCUAUGAAUUCCAAACACCAUCUUACCUCACCAAAAGUAAUAGCACCGAUCAGAUCAACUUUUCUCCUGGAGAUAAUCAAGCACAAUCAGAAAUUGGAGAGCAACAAUUAGAUUUCAAUAGCACUGUUAAAGACCUGUUGAGUGGAGACAGCUUGCAAACCAACCAGCAACUGGUAGGUCAGGUAGCAUCUGAUCUCACUAAUACUGCGUCUGAUUUCUCUAACGACAUCAGAUUGUCUUCUGAGCUCUCAGGCAGCAUCAAUGAUUUGAACACGUUAGAUCCAACUCUACUGUUUGAUCCAGGUCGUCAGCAGGGACAAGAUGAUGAAGCUACACUGGAAGAAUUAAAGAAUGACCCGUUAUUUCAGCAAAUUUGCAAUGAAUCCAUGAACUCCAUGACUUCAUCAGGUUUUGACUGGAUAGAAAGCAAGGACCAUCCUACUGUUGAAAUGUUGGGUUGAUUUGUGUUUUAUAAUAUGUAGCACACUGUAUCUAAAGACAUAUGUAUUGUAUUUGUCUUAAUGGAAGUGCCUCCGCAGCAGAAACACUUACUAUUAAUUGUGACAUUUUAAGAGUUUGCUGCAGAAGUGGUUUCUUCUUCAGUAGGAAAUGGUUAGACUUGCCUCAGUUCUUAACAGGUUUCUGAAGACAGUAGUCUGUAGAAGAACCAGUAUUAGGUUUUCAAUUUUGUAAUGUUCCCCAUUUAAUCACAUUGUUAGCUAGUUAACUAACCAGCUUUCACAAGAGCAGUCUAGAUUUUUAUUUUGUAUAAGUUGAUUUUUAUUCAUCUUUUGAUCUGCACAGAACUUAGAAGGAACCAUUGAAUUUAGGCAUAGGUUAUUUUUUUUGUUGUCGGUAUUUUAGUUGUGAAAUCAUAGCUGAGGUGAACUGCAGACAAGAAGGUCUUCCUUAAAACAGGGAUAAUAUUCAGGUUACAAAUAUUUAGGCUUGAAGCAUAAAGCUACUGUAGAAUGAAAAUCUCUAUAGGACUUUCUGGGGCUUCAGUACCAUUUAUAUCUACAAUGAAGGGCUUAAAUAGGACAAAAUAAUGGAAAAUUAAGUAUUCAUUUCAGGAAAGCAAAAGCUACAUGGAAAAAUCUUAAAAAAGAAAAGCUAGUAGCCACUUAAUAUGUGUGACCUUGCAUUGAGCUUCUUUUGAAAUGUUAAUUUUAGCUAAUAGACACAUACAUGAAACAAAAUUAAAUUCAAGUGCUCAAAUUUCAUAAAUACAAGCA